AUGCGGGCGACUGAGAUUCGUCGCAGCGACAUGCCCGGACCUAAGGUCUACAACCUGUGGUGGGGCGACAAGGAGCUUCCCAAGCAGAAGGGCGUAAUCCAGUACAGCAUGUCCCCGAUGAGGCAGCGCGCCACGCACCACAUAUUCCGCAACUGGAUCUUCAACGGCUACCGCCGUCUGUCCGGUCAGGUUGGCUACUGGAUCAUUCCGGUCGCUAUUGGCUAUGGCACCUACGCAUGGGCGAAGCGCUACGACGCGUUCCACAACAGCAAGGCGGGACACCUCGCCGCGCACGGCGGUCACUAA